UUGCCCAGCUAGCUGUAACCGGCUAGCGAGUCUGUUGUCGAGUUGACAACCCUCCCCAAACCUCGGCAGCAGCUAAGCUGCACAGUCGACAUGGCAAGAAAAUAUCGCAACAAUUUCCUAAAGAAAGAUGAAAAUCUUCCAAGUCUUUUGGAAUGAUAUUCAUCACGAGAUGUGAUCCAAAAUCCACAAUGUGUGAGGACAUUUAAGAACAAUUGAGUUCGGAAGACACAUUCUUGAUUCCAGUGGAAUCUUCCAUAUAUAUAUUAUUAUUAUUAUUAGAUUUUUUUCUCCGUGUUAAAGCUUACAUACAUUUACACACUCUCGUCCGAUCCACAUAUAACCAUGCCAGUGCAAGCACCACAAUGGACAGAGUUCCUGCUGUGCCCGAUCUGCACACAGACAUUUGAGGAGACUGUUCGCCGGCCCAUCAGCUUGGGCUGUGGACACACUGUCUGCAAGAUGUGCCUGAACAAGUUGCACCGUAAGGCCUGUCCCUUUGACCAGACAGCCAUCAGCACAGACAUUGAGCAGCUACCUGUGAACACUGCCCUGUUGCAGCUGGUGGGGGGCCAGGUUCCUAAGGUUCAGCCAGUUGCCUUGAUUACCAGUCCAGAGGACUCGCAGCAUUAUGAGGAGGCCAGGCAGUGUGUGGAGGAGCUGGCCCUCUAUCUCAAACCUCUCAGCAACACCAGAGGUGUGGGACUGAGCAGCACGGCCCAGAGCAUGCUGAGUCGACCCAUGCAGAGGAAACUGGUAACUCUGGUCCACUGCCAGCUGGUGGAAGAGGAGGGCCGUGUUAGAGCCAUGAGAGCUGCCCGCUCUCUGGGUGAGCGAACUGUCACCGAACUCAUCUUGCAGCACCAGAAUCCACAGCAGCUCUCCUCCAAUCUGUGGGCUGCCGUGCGUGCGCGAGGAUGUCAGUUUCUAGGCCCAGCCAUGCAGGAGGAAGCCCUAAAGUUGGUCCUUCUUGCUCUAGAGGACGGCUCUGCACUGUCCAGGAAGGUGUUGGUUCUCUUUGUAGUUCAGAGGCUUGAGCCACGCUUUCCGCAGGCCUCUAAGACGAGCAUCGGCCAUGUGGUGCAGCUCCUCUACAGGGCCUCCUGCUUCAAGGUGACCAAGCGUGAUGAAGAUUCAUCCCUGAUGCAGCUGAAAGAGGAAUUCCGUACUUACGAGGCUUUGCGGCGCGAGCAUGACUCUCAGAUAGUUCAGAUAGCCAUGGAGGGUGGGCUGCGCAUCGCACCCGACCAGUGGUCUUCUCUGUUAUAUGGAGAUCAAUCUCACAAGUCACACAUGCAGUCUAUCAUAGAUAAGCUGCAGACCCCAGCGUCUUUUGCCCAGAGUGUCCAGGAGCUGACGAUUGCAUUGCAGAGGACCGGAGACCCAGCCAACCUAAACAGGCUGCGGCCCCACCUGGAACUACUGGCCAACAUCGAUCCAAGUCCUGAUGCUCCUCCUCCCACAUGGGAGCAGCUUGAGAAAGGGUUGGUAGCAGUGAAAACAGUGGUGCAUGGUCUGGUGGACUUCAUCCAGAACCACAGCAAGAAAGGAGCUGACCCUCAACAGCCUCCUCAGCACAGCAAGUACAAGACAUACAUGUGUCGCGACAUGAAGCAGAAGGGAGGCUGUCCUCGUGGAGCCAGCUGCACCUUUGCUCAUUCUCAGGAAGAACUGGAGAAGUAUCGUAAAAUGAAUAAGCGUUUGGCAGCACGCCUCCCUGGCUCAGGAGGGCUCAUGUCAGAUGAGGGUCUUCCUCUUGACGUAGCAGUGACCCGGAAGCCUUCACCUCUCACCAAUGGUAGCGGUGGACCUUCCUUGCCCCAGCUAAUUGCCCGUGGCACUGACACAGUCCCGUAUGAACUGUUGCGUAAACCCAUGAAGAUGGAUGGAGGGAGUCCCAGUGCCCCAGGAUCACCACCUGAUGGCAUGGACCCUGCGCUGCCCAAACCUGGUAUGCCUUUGCCACCUCAUGUCAUGGCCCACCCAAGGAUGCCAGUGGACCACCUCUCUGGGGUGAAGCACAUGCCUGUGGUAGCCAGAGGUUCACCAGUCUACCCCCAGGCACCGCUCCCUGAGAUGUGCUAUGACACUCGCCCACCACCGUCUGCUUCUCAGUACGAGCCCCCUCAAUACCCCACAGGGUACCCUUACCAACAGCCACCGCAGUAUGUCCCUCGGGAUUACAUGCGUAACCCUCCUCCCCCCAGUGAGUCAGGACCCCCUUACCAGGACCCCUAUUCUGGCUAUGGCCCUCCAGAACGCUCCUACCAGGCCCCUCACUCUGGUCCACCUUUCUCUUACCCUCACCCUCCACACCAUGACCGAGGUCGCCACGGGAACUACACUGGCCCGCCACCUCCUCCACAGCCUUACCCAUCACAGAGGGAUGGCCUGGUCAGAAUGAGUCCCGCUCCUCUUGAUAUGCCCCCACCAUCAGCAGGACAGGCUAACUCCCUUUACCACCAGGAGCCCAGUUCCCGUGAUAGAUACCCUCCAGAUGGCUACUAUACACCGGGUGCCCAGCCUCCACCCAUGAGGGCUUAUGUCAGGGGGCCAUCAUAUAGUAGUUCACAGCCCAGCCUUGACUACCUGCACCGACGCCGGCAGGAGCUGUUAUCACAGCUGGAGGAAAGGAAGGUCAUAUCCCCUCCACCAUUCGCUGCCUCCCCCACUCUUCCGCAUCCCUUUCCCAGCGACUACCCUCCAGAGUAUGGCGAGGAGAACUCCAAAACCAUGGUCAAUCGCAGAGAGCCUGACUAUGCAGGGCAGUACUCUCCCUGGUCUUGUGAAACGAUUGGCUCCUACAUUGGUACAAAGGAUGCUAAACCCAAAGAUGUUAUGGUUCCUGGUACCAUGGACAUGAUGAAUGCAGAGGCUAAGGGUCUGAGGGAACCAUCACUGGAGGCUCCUCGGAGGGGUGCAGAAGUGAAAGAUGAUGACCCUAUCAUCCCAUUUGGCCCCCAGCCCACUGUAUCACGCUUCGGUGCCAUCUCCCGCACCUCAAAGACGGGCUACCAGACCACAGGCCCUGUGCAGGCUAUGGCCUCCACUCCUCAGAACCCAAGCUCUAAACAUAUGGCCAUGCCAGCAGAAUACACAUAUGGAAGCCAUGGAGGAUGGGGUGGAGCUUCAUACCCCUCACACCAGACUGCCUCCUCCUCUCAGGGACACUUCAGUGAGCGGCUGCCUAUGGCAGCUCCAGACAGAGAACAGUUAAAGAUUGAGCUGCAGCAGGUCAACCAGCAGAUCAACCAACAGACCCAGAUGCGAAGCAUGGAGGCUGCCAAUAACUCUUUACUGCUGCAGAGGGAGGCCAAUGCAUUGGCAGGCCAGCCUGUGCAGCCCGGCCAGGGCCAGGCCACAGCGGCUCAACAGCAGCCCAAGUGGCCAGCAGUGGGAGCCAGUACAACAGCUGUCUCCAGCGAACAGCUAAGCCUGGAGCUCCACCAGGUGGAGAGAGAGAUUGGCAAGAGGACCCGUGAGAUGGCUUUGGAAAACCAAGUAACCCAUGAUGUUCAGCAGUAUAAGAUUAAACCUGCAGAGAAUGGACAACCAGAGCAUAAGACUCAGCUAGAAGAAAUCUCCCUGGCUCUUGGCGAGGUGUCAAACGGCUCCAACAGUCUGCAAGACAGUGCAGUGGGCGGGUCCAUGCUGUCACUGACCAAUAAGACGUCUGCUUUGGGCUUGUGCUCUGAUCCAGGUGCCACUGGUUCAGAAAUGCAGAAGAAUGGCGUUGUCCAUUCCUGCUCAUAGGCAGUACACACUUAUACAGACACACACACACACACACACACAUGCACACACUCAAGAUGCUCAAUUGAAAAGCAUGCACAGGCACCCAUUCUAUUUAGAAGAUGAGCAGUAUCUGCCGUGAUAUGAAUUUUCUUUCUUUUUGUUCUGUGAAUGAGCUUUUUUUAAUGACUUUCCUUGCCUGGAAACCAGAGCAUAUGAUAACAUUUCUUGUGUAUGUUAAUUUGUUUUGUUCUUUUUUUUGUACUGGGAUUAAAGAUAAACAAGGCUCACCAUUAGAUAUAUCGGGAAGAGAAAAUGGUGGUGAUGUUGACAGUGGUAUUGUAAUUUCAUUCAAAAAGGUUAGACCGAUUCCAUUCUUAAUUAACAUAAAACAGUCAUGUAUUUGAUUGAUCCUCCCCAUAUAAGAUUUUUGGUUCAGCUGUAUGAGCAAACAGUUGGAUGCAGAGGAGCAGAAUAACGAGCCCAAUCACACGCACUCGGAGGAACGUCUCUUGCAAUCUGACAAUCUAGCAGAAGUCUGUCACUUGGUACUCAACCCCAGAAUCGUAAAAAAAGGUGUUUGCUCUGAUGUAGAUGGUCUGAGGAGGGAAAAGCAGUACAAUAUUUCACCAGUAUUCAGCUGAAAUGGAGAUGCAAGGUGUUUCAGAAAUCACCGUUGCAGCACAUGCACGUCUUCACCUGCCACAAGAAGUAUAAUUUUAUUAAUGCGUUUUACGAACACAUCAUGUAUGUUUCAUACUUGAAAGCAGUAUAUUAUAUAUUUAAUUGAAGCAUUCUGUUUUAAAGAUUGCAACAAGUCUUUUUGAUAAUGAGCUUUCCACAUGUUUUCUAUAAGGGAAUCUAUGAUGUGCUUCUCUUGGUUGUGAUGUGACCUGAUGUGGUUUGGUUGUAAUGCCUGCGCCUGUGCUCCGUAGUUUUUUUUGGGGUCGAGGGGAGGGGAGGGGAGGGGGUGAAUGCACACGUUUAGGCUGACAGAGUACAUCUUUCUGCCUCAGGAGUCAGUUGAAUGAAUGUCUUUAUAAAUUAGGGUAAUUAAGGAAUUCCCUCCUCAGAGCUUCUCGUCUAGCCACACAAAAGGCCUCCCCAUUGGGAUUAUCUUGUCAUUUGUUCUCCUAACUUCUAUGAAGUUGCCUUCCCUUGUGUUUUUUUUUGUGUUAAAUUUUGCUUUAUUUUUUCAUGCUUUACGUUGUUACGAUUCUGGGUGUGUAGCUUACCUAGUGGAGGCUUUUCUAACGGUUAGCUUCAUGCGUGUCCUCCUCUCUGUUAUGAAAUGGUUAAAUUCCAAGCAAAUCCUAAACUUACCAUUUGUAUUCCUAGAAAAGUAUUUGUUGUAGCGUUUUAAGCUACACAGUGCAUUUGAAAUCAUGUUUACAGUUGAACAUAUUGGUGUUAAACAAAACCUACUCUCAAAGACGGCUGUCCGCAAAAAGCAGACUCGAUAAGUUAAUUUAUAUCACAAUGAGUAUAUUUAAGCAUUUUUAUUGACAUUACAAUAUCCUACUUUGCUUUUCACACCUUGACGUCAUCAUCACCACCACGACCACUAUGAUUGCUCUUCAUCCACCAUGUAAGUUGUUUACUGCUGAUGCUCAACAUGGAGCUCUUUGCCUUUUGUAAACGAUUAGCAUGAUUGGCUCCAGAUUUUACAGCUCUGCUGAGAGCAAAGUGAGCCCUUGUUUCUGAACGGUUGAUGGAGAGGAGACGCUCUGGGUCGAGUUGUUUGAGUUUAAGGUCGACCCUUCGUUUUGGUCAGAUGAGGGGUACUGAGAAACUUACAGUUUGACAAAAUCCCUGAUAACUGAUGAGUCCAAAAAUAAAGACACAAAUGUUUUGUGUCUCUCAUCCGGGCUGUUUGAUAGGCAUCUCUUCCGAUAUGUCGGCGCCAUGAUAGAUGUUUGGGUUUUUCUUUUUUAAAUUUUCCUACCACACUUCAAGCCUCUGGCUGCUCCUUGCUACAUUUAUUGUUUAGGUACACAGCUCACUUAUACAUAUGAGUAUGUAUACAUACAUUAAUAUACUAAAGCACUAUUAAUGUGCCACCUCUUAUUUUACUCGCUCAGCAUUUAUAUUAAAUGAUCUCUAUUUAGAAUCAGCAAAAUGUUUUUGUUUCUUUUUGUUGUUUGAUUUAUUUUCUGUCCACUGGUUGCCAACACAGACUUUAUCCUUUCCCAGACGAAGGACUUCUGUGCGCAUUGAUGCGUGUUCACUUAAUCUUUUGUGUUCAAACAAAGAUGUUCUUUAUAGACUAUGCUUCCGAAGAAGACAACAUUCUGUAACUUUGGAAAAUGUAUGGAGAAGUUUUGUGUGUGCUAGAUUGUAUUGUAGAAAAUGUACCCUAAGUUUUUUGUUUUUUUUCUUCCUCAAAGUGUGCUGUACUGGGUGAUAGUUUUGAGGUAUUAGAAAAGUGUUGGGUUUUUUUCCCACGUCUGUCCCCUAGAGGAUAUUCAGGAAGUCUCCGAUGAUAGGUUGGCCUUAAAUCCUCUUGCGAUGCCCCUUUACCUCGUCUGCUUUAGCAGCGCGAGGUGAUUUCAAAAAUACUAAUUAACACUGAAUUUGACCGAUUUAGAGUCACACAGAUGGACUCUAGUUAGAUUCUCCCCCCACCCCUCCCUCACUUUUUGAAAAUUUAAUGUAGAACAGCAACAUGCAGAUAAUGCAAAUCUCAAGAUUUGAAGCAAUGUUUUUUUUUUUUUUUUUUAAGGAAAUGUAGUUGACCUAGCGCGGUUUGUAGUCCCUUUCUUUCUCUUGUUUUGUUUCUGCAACAGUUGAGUGAAUUUACUGACCUGCAAGUCUUACAGUCUUUAACGCAUCACCUGCCCUGAUGUAGAGUCAGCAGCUAAGAGUAUCUGAGUGACAUUCACACAAUAGUUUUGUUCUCCGUAGACUUAUAUUUACAAGAAAUUGGCCCACCAGCUUAAUUCUGUUAUAAUGCCACAAAUUGGCAACAGAUGGCGUUAAUUCAAUAUGUUUGUCACCCUCUCGAAGUACAAGUCAACCAAAACUAACACAAUGCUGACUCUACCUGAUACGUCCCUUCAGGUCUGAAUCAGCCUAAAUCCCCUGUAGCUUAGUAGAACCAACAUACAAGGACUACUUGGGGUAGUUUACUAUAGUAAAUGGCAAAGAUGUUCAUUUCAAUCUCCUUUGUGUUUUUGUAUCUGAGUGGAACUGCUGCCUCUGCCCCUCAUUUACAUAACCAGUUAAGCCCUCCACUCCCACCCUUGACCACUGAACUCUGUUACUGCUGUUUGAGGCCUAACAUUUUAUUCCCUGACUUUCUGGGGAAAAUUCGCAAAUGGCUAUUUUAUAUGAUUACUCCCUUGUAAAAUAUCUCUUAAAUUAAGGUACAGGUUUGAUUUCAGCAAGAAAAAAAGUUUUUAUACUGUAUAUUAUACUCCAUUAAGGAAUGUCUAGCAAUAUCUUCCUCCAAUGUGGAUGUAGCCAUUAUUACGCCAUUUAUGACUUUGUAAGAGAAUUCACUGUGUGAAAAUUGGUUUGCAUUUUUGUAUAAUACAAUCUGCUUUUUUUUCGUUUGAUACGAGAGGGGAGGUCAAACUGGAAGUUUGAAGAGAGAAAAAAAUGAACCUGUGAAAUUGAGAAACAAAGUGUAAACUUAUGUACAACAGUGAUUCUAAGCUGAGGGGAAAUGAUUAAAUGAUAUUGCUAACUCUGAA